GGGGCAGGUAGUGCGAGUCCGCGCCAGCGCCCAGCUCCCGGGACAGGGCCGGCAAUGCUGCUGAGCAGAACUUGACCGAGCCCCUUCCUCGCUGCUAGUGGAAGCGAUGCUGCACGGCACAGCCAGCGCUUCCCAGGCUCUCCUUCAAGCUGAAGGUUACCCACCCGCGCAGCCAGCCCCAGCCCUGUGAGCGCCGCGCCUCGGUUCCCGGCUCCGGCUGCUUGGCGGCACGCAGGGCAACGACCGGGCCGCCCGCGCCGGGGCGCACUGCACCAGCGGCUUCGGCUUGGUGGAUGUGUAUGCAUGAGUUCUGCACCGAAUGGGCGCAAAAAGCGCCCCAGCCGGUCCACCCGCUCCUCGAUCUUCCAGAUCAGCAAGCCCCCGCUGCAGAGCGGGGAGUGGGAGCGCAGGGGCAGCAGCUCCGAGAGCGCCCACAAAACCCAACGAGCCCUGGACGACUGCAAGAUGCUUGUCCAAGAGUUCAACACUCAAGUGGCCCUGUACCGAGAGAUGGUCAUUUCUAUCGGGGAUGUCUCUGUCAGCUGCCCCUCACUCCGGGCGGAAAUGCACAAGACCAGAACCAAAGGCUGUGAAAUGGCCCGCCAGGCACACCAAAAACUUGCUGCCAUCUCAGGCCCGGAAGAUGGUGAGAUCCAUCCAGAAAUCUGUCGGCUUUAUAUCCAGCUGCAGUGUUGCUUAGAAAUGUACACAACAGAGAUGCUCAAAUCCAUAUGUCUGCUGGGGUCUCUUCAGUUUCAUCGAAAAGGAAAGGAGCCUGGUGGGGGAACCAAGAGUUUGGACUGCAAAAUUGAGGAGAGUACUGAAACACCUGCUCUAGAGGACUCCUCAUCAUCCCCUGUAGAUAUUCAGCAACAUUCCUGGCAGGUUUCCACAGACAUUGAGAACACUGAAAGAGACAUGCGAGAAAUGAAAAACCUUUUAAGCAAACUCAGGGAAACUAUGCCUUUACCAUUGAAAAAUCAAGAUGACAGCAGCCUUCUAAAUCUAACUCCCUACCCCCUGGUUAGAAGACGGAAGAGAAGGUUCUUUGGGCUGUGUUGUCUUGUCUCAAGCUAGGCAACUCCUCCUGGAAACCCACCAAUGCGAAGACCUGAAAAUAUCACAGAACCUGAGGACCUCCAGACAGCUGAACCACAAUUAUUGGUUUUUGACUAUGUUUUCUAUGCUUCCUUAUUACUUUUAUUCGCCUCCCUCUACCCUUUUAAAUGAUUUUACAUGUGAAAGCAGCUGCUGUCAAGGGGGGUAAAAAAGAUUCAGAAAGCAGGCUGUUUUUAAA